AUGCCGCGCCCACGCGUGAGGCCAGAAAAUCGCAAGCGGUGUGCUACGGCCUGCGUUCAAUGUCGAAUAUCCAAGAAAAGAUGUGAUUCUCGUCAUCCUUGCCAAAAAUGCGUCGCGAAAGGAGAGGCUGAACACUGCGUUUUUCCGGUGGAGCACUCCAGCGUUGACAACAGAAGGGCACUAGUUGUUUCCCACACUGUUGGUUGUCCUCUAUAUACCCUAUCCUCCAUUAAACAGCGAUCCAUUCUGCUGAAAUGCUCUCUAGACGAAAGGGUAUUUUUAGGAAAUACCGCAGCAAUGUCAUUCUUGAAAUUCCUACAACAAAUAUGGCGCACGUAUGUGGAGUCCAACAGCUUCACGGAAGAUCGAGGAACAGACCAGAUGCUUGAAAUGGAAAUGCCCCCUCCCAUGACAGCUUCCAAGCGCGAAGUGGAUGAAAAUGAGAAGAGGUAUUUUGUGGAAUGCUAUUUGCACGCUUCCAGUGGAAUUCUGGAUCUUUUCACAGAAAGAGAUAUCGAGAGAUUUUUGUCCCCCAAUGCGGAAAUUAGAUCACCCGAUAGUAUUGUAGAUCCGGAAACAAACAAUGACAUCUGCCUAGACCUCAUGAUUGCAAUUGGUGCACAAUGUCAAGCAAGAGGCGAUUUAGAUCACUACCUUGGGGAGCUAUAUUUUAGGCGUGCACAAAAAUCUGCAUUUGCUGGCAUGCUACAAGCACCAACAGUCAAUUUGGCUCGCAGUUUCGUACUGAUGGCCUUCUACACGCUCGGGGCCUGCACUCGAAAUUCCGCAUUGAUGUAUAUAGGGGUUGCUUCCAAUAUCUCGGUGAUUCUUGGACUGCAUUCUCCCGAGAACUAUCAAUACUUACCGAUCGAAAAAAGAGAAGCCAGACUACAGACAGGCAAAAGUGUUCGUGUUUUAGACUUGAUCUGUAACACGAUACUUGGUCGGCCUGGGAGCACUCCAGUUCUCCGCAACGAGCGGGAAUAUUUGGAUGGAGAGAUAUGCCCUAACUACGCAACUCUGUGUGCUACAUAUGAGAUUGUUUCAGUUCUUCAGUUGGUGGUUAAUGAUACAAAAGAAAAAGAAGGGAUUCCAAUCAACAAAGCUGAAGAAUACCUACUGCAGCUUCGGAAAUGGAGCUCUGGCCUUCCUUCACAUUUGCGAAGGCAAAGUCUAGAAGGUCCAUCCUCUCAGCGUUCUCUUGAAACCAGGCGUGCCACAGUUGGAAAGAUACACUUGGCUUGUAUCUACUAUUAUGGUGUGAUUCAAGUAACACGUCAGUUCUUGGUCGAUCAAGUGGUCCCUCAUGUAUGCGGACAGACCGCAGACGACAGAGCUGAUAACAGGACUUCAAAACUAGCGACGAUGUGCAGAGAAGCAGCUCUUCUGAUGGCGCAGAUGUGUGAAGAUGCCGAAAAGGCAGGCGCUCUUCUUGGUAACAUGUGUAUCUUGAAAGCUUGGUUGUUCUCUAGUGGCCUUGUCCUCGGAUUUUCCCUUCUGCGGCCCCACGAGCUAAUGGAAGAUACACGCCGGGCCUUCCAAGCAACAUCACGGAUUCUCGGUCACUUUGGUGUGACUAGUCCGCAGGCCAACCAAUAUCAUUGCAUUCUAUCACGUUUUGCAGAAGCAAUCAAUAGACAUGAACGAAAACCUCAGUCGGAGCGGGCUCGCCUAGAAGAUACACGUGUUGAGAAGAUACUGUCAUUUGAUAUGGCGGAUCACCAACAUUCUACUUUGACUGAUUUCUCUUCGCCCGGUGUGGACUCAGAAGCCCACAGUCACGACCACCCGGCCGGCAUAUUCGAGAAUGAAGAUUUCUUUCAGCAGUGGGAUUGGUCGCCUCCAACAGGAAAUAAUGAAAUCCUGCGCAUGUUUAUUGACCCAUGUCUGGAUAAUCUAAUGAACCUCCCUUCGGCUGACAUGAUUUGGGACUCCUGA